AUGCAAGUGAGCUGCUUCGUACUGCGGCUGACGUUUCUAUCAGUGCCGCUGCACUCUGUGCACCGACGCUUUGUACCAGUCCCGGCGAGCUUGCGCCUCGAGCGACUCGAUAGUGGACGCUUGAGGUCGAGACGCACCAGAGUUUGCGUUCUUGCUACCACGCACUCGAGUCGAGCGGCAUCUCGGAUGGAUGACUCGGCGAGCGCUCCGGCACGAACCGACAAUGCUCGACCGCAGCGUUUUUGCACGCGUUGUGGUGCGCAGCUGACAAUUCAGACCCCAAUUGGAGAUUAUCGGGAAAGAGCUGUAUGUGAGCGUUGUGCUCUGGUUCACUAUGAAAAUCCGAAGGUCAUCAGCGCAUGUGUGGCGACCAGCCGAGACCGGCGCAAGGUGUUGCUGUGUCGGCGUGCGCUGCGGCCAGCUAGUGGGCGCUGGACGCUUCCCGCAGGCUAUCUGGAGAUCGGUGAAACCUCGCGAGACGCUGCUCGACGUGAAGCACUCGAAGAGACGAACGCAGCGGUGCUUGUCGGACCCCUGCUUGCGGUAUAUGAGCUCUUGCAGGCUGCACAGAUCCAACUUGUGUAUCGAGCCACCCUGGAACGGGACUGGACGCCAGCGGAUUAUCGUCAGAAUGCAGAGACACUUGAGGCACGCCUCUAUGGAUGGGACGAAAUACCAUGGGACAUGCUUGCAUUCCCCACGGUAGCAUGGGCGCUGCGUUACGCCCGCAGUACUUUGCAUGUACCGGAUAGCACGUUGGUACCGGAGAUCCGCGUGAAAUCGGCCUCUGGAGAGCAGUUCAUUGUCUAG